UUUUUUUACUCCCUGCUUUAUUUUCUCCUUACUACAGCUAAUCUUUGUAUACUAAAGUAGAGCAGGCAGUAAACUACUCCUAAUAGUACACUAGUCUGCUGUUAACUUUGAUUAAGUGUUGUUAGCUUACACUAAGGUUUUGGAAAUAUUUUAGAGAGAGGAGAGAGAAAGGAAGGGGGCAGUUGCAGUGGUUAACAACCCUCUGCCAGAGCGCAAGAAGGCACAUCAGUGGCAGGUAACAAACACCACUUAGCAGCAGGCUUUGCGUCCGUCUUGCCCUUUUGUUUCCGCCUCCUGCCCUUAAAAUCUCUACCGUCGCGGUCAAAUUUGCGAUCCAUACUUGGGGAGGGCCAAGAAACCGAGCUCUCUUUCCAAUGCCCACCAACGUCAGGUGAAAUCGGUGGCUGGCCUCUUUGAAGUUGAAGGGUUUAUGUGAUUCCGCGGUGGGGGUAAUUUUCAGGUGAUUGAGGAACGUUGGUGUUUCUGGACAACUGGAGAUGUACUCAGGCCAGCAAUCUGAUCAAGGUCCUAGUGCAAAUAGUGGCAGAGAAUUCUCCGAUGCAAAUUGGAAUUCUUUUGCAGUGCAUCAAAAGAUGGCUUAUAAUGGACAGUAUGGGUUUGGAUCUUAUGGCAUGGGCUUAGAAGAUAAACUGGGGUUGUAUCCAUCUUCAUCUGGUACACUGAGUCAGGACAUCCAGAUGAGUGAAGAGCAUAGCGGAGUUGUGAAGAAGAGGAAAGGAGUGGAGGACUGUGUCACAUUGUUGCACGAUGCAGGUGAUCAACAAACAAAAGGUUCGCCUCAGCCAGAAAGGAAUUCAGUGGAGGAGGGGAACCGAAAGAUUUCGCCCAAAAUGCAAAGCAAGGAAGAUUCUUCUGAUGGUGAUGGUACUAAAGAGGACUAUGUUCAUAUCCGGGCAAAGCGAGGCCAAGCCACUAACAGCCACAGCCUUGCAGAAAGACUGAGGAGAAAGAAGAUAAGUGAGAGGAUGAAGCUUCUUCAAGAUCUUGUUCCUGGAUGCAGUAAGAUCACUGGCAAGGCAGUCAUGCUCGAUGAGAUUAUCAACUAUGUGCAGUCAUUGCAACGACAAGUCGAGUUCUUGUCAAUGAAACUCGCAACUGUUAACCCCGAGCUUGGCUUUGACAUUGAGCAGAUCAUAUCCAAACAAAUGCUGCUUUCACAAGACAGACAUCUUGCUUUCUAUGGAGUCGAACCAGGAUCAAGCGGCCUUACUGGCCCAUUUAACCAAGGAAUCAUGCAGCCAGAAUUGAUGUGCACCAUUGCCAAUCCCGUUGAUGUUUUGCACGGAGCUAUUCACGACGCGUCAACAAUGAACCAUAUACCUUCUAUGUGGGAAGGACUUCAGAAUAUGCCUCAGAUGAACUUCAACCCUGGCGUGGCAGCCGAUAGCGGCACCAACAACUCUGGCUCCAUGAAGAUCGAGCAGUGAGCUUCUGUAUAGCUCCGGAAUUGUUCUGUGAAUCAUGAAUCGUCGAAAAGCGCUCACGGGGUGGAGUCUUUUUUGUAUAGCUGGAGGCCUAACCAUUCAUGCCGGUUUCCUUCUGUUGCUUCCAUACUGUGCGACACAUUGUUUAUGGUACGGCAAAUGAGGAUCAUGUACAGCUGGAGCUGGAAAACUGAUGCCACUGUAAAUUUCUGCUGUGUUUUGGCCUGUGGAAAUUGGGAUGGAAACCUAUUACCAUCCAUGAAAUCCAAUGGCAGAAGCUUGUUGGAACUAGGGACCAGGUGCUGAAUGCUGAUGGGCCAACAUACUAGAAUGGAAUAGUAGGUACAAAAAUGCAGAGUUUGAAGCCUCUUUGUCGGAAAUUCCAUGGAACAUGCAAUGUAAGGUUUCAUCAUGCAAUGGAAGGAAACUCAUUAUUGUUAAUACUUGUUAUUUCAAACGUGUGAUCAUAAUUUUAGUAGAAAUAGUAGGAGAUUGCCAUAUUUAUGUUAUCAAAACAGUAAAACUGAAUGGGAGCUGGCACUUGGUGCAAGCCUCCAACCUGGUCCUUUUC